UUGACGACAGAACAACCAGGGAUGAAAACAAAAGAUAUAUUAAUAGGCACUGGACUUCGGCCUGUCGCAACAAUAUCUUCAGUGGGUCAAGAAGACGAUGAACUGUACAUGUUGUCGAUGACUUUGCCUAUGGCACGGUUCGCACCAUCUGCAAACGUAAUGAGUCACUCUGAACAAUAUCCGGAAGUGCUUAAGGAGUACAGAAGGCUCAUGCGCAAUGUACUAAAGGUGUUUCUUGGCACCGAAGACGCUACACUGUUUGAACCCGUAAUGGGGGAUGAUCGCGACGACAGCGCCGAAGACAUGCUCAACGAUGAAGCAAGAAAUAAUGGCAUAUCUGGUGUAGUCACUGACAUAAUUGAAGUCGAAGAACACCUAGGCAAAAUGGUACUCGAUGCGCGCAAAAAGGCCGACAGCGUUAUUAAAAACCUCAUGGACUGGCAGACUCAGCUGGGGAACAACGUCGAGCUGAACAAGCUCAACACUAUGAUCAGAAAGCUAGUCAAGGCUACCCUACGCAUACCCAACAGCACGUCGAACGAGAAGCUCAUGAACCUAGGCGUACACAAUACAGUAGAAGAGAUGGUGGAAGCGCAACAGAUUAUGGCACAGCAGGAAAGACUGACGAAAAUGCGAGCGGGCAUGCUUAUACUCAAAGGAAUAGGGACAGACCCCAAUUGA